AUGCCUCACCUUGAUCUACCCCACACACCUCAUCUCCGUCGCCUACCUGCCUCCACCACUCCUACCGACGCGUUUCUACAUUCCUUUUACUUCCUGAGUUUCUUUUACUUCGUCCUUAACACUGCCACACCCGACGACCUCAUCGUCUACGACGAACCACGCCGGCCCCUUACCAAGCCUACGGUUCGUCAGUCAAUUGAAACCGACGACGCUCACAAAAACAAACCGCUCCGCCAUGCCACGUCCACUCGCCCCGCAACUCGUCGGUCAGUUGGCACCGAUCGUUCACCAUCCCGCGACCUCAGUCCGAUCCUCACGUCGACUCAUCCGUCGGUUGGCCCUGAUGGCUCUCCCUCUGACCUCAGUCCGAUACUCCCAUCAGCCACACCGUCCCAUCUAUCAAGCAACAAUCCUCUGUCCGCGAACAACAGCCCUCUCUUUCAAUAUCUCAUCAGAUACUCUGCUGCGCCUGCCGCAGUCCGUGUUACACGUCGUUCACAACAGAUCGCCCAGUGCCAUGCAGACACCACCGGGGGAGACUCGACCACUGGACACAGCGCUACUAUCGAGCUACACCCUACCACUAACAUCACCACUGCCCAAGCACCCGCUGAUGUCGUUGACGUUGAACCACAACAGCCCGUCCAGGACAACACGGCCACGCGACUCCUAGGCCUGCUCGAAACCAUUAAUGCACGCUUUGCCGAACUGAGCGAACGGCUGGACCGUGUCGAAAGCCGCCCUACCUAGGCGAACGGUCAUCGACGGACCAACUACAUGAAUCCUGUCCUUUCUUUUGUUUCCGACGAGGGGGAAGUUGUUGGUGCUGGCCACCAAAAACUUGGGCGAACCUGCUAGGUUCCGCUGCUCAACGUGGUUCUGCCACCAGCGGCU